GCAACACUUACUUAAAACACCCCUGCACCAAUCACAGAACGACAUCUUGCAAAUCAGCGAAUCAGAACAGUCGUUCGUUAAGUCUAAACAACCAUUCUGCUCCUCAGACUGAAUUAUUCUUGGCAUUCGCGGUGGAACCUCUAAAGGAUGAAAACGAGAGGUUCACCACCAGCUCCGCCACCGAUUCACGUCCAUGUAGCGGAGAGCACACCUGUCCAUGUUCACAUGAGGAGGAGUCCCAGCAAAACACCACAGGGAAAAGAUGCUCUGGCGAGAGGAAAUGGAAGCAGGCCAAAGAUCCGGACACCUUGGAUUCCACCAGGAAGAAUCUCUUGCAGAAGGGAUUUGGACUCCUACAAGUCCCAGACAAGCAGAAUGCAGCUUCAGUCAGACAGCGGGAUCAGGAAUCAGCGCGAUGCAGAGGAGCAGGAUGAAGAGCUGCAUGGAGCUUCUAAAAACAUCAGUGCCCUGCUGAGGGAACAUGGCAGCCCGUGCUGUUCAAAGAUAUCAGAGUCCCGCGAUCGACAAAGAGAUACAGACGUCCUCCUGAGGGCGCUCAUAGAGGCAGAAAUCGACGGUGUAGCUGUAGCCAAUCAGCUGACGGCUUUGAAGGAAACCACUGACAACCUUACUAAGGAGAAGCGGCUGUCGAAGCUUCACGCAGCCUCGCUGGGACGGCAGCAGGACCUGCUGCUGGAGAAAAUAGAAAUGUUUGAUAGAACAAAUCACAGCCUGCGAGAUCUCCUCAGGGACUGGAGCACCUACGAGAGAGAGUCGCUGGUGUGGUCGACAGAGAGAGACGCCUUAAAGCAGAGGCUGGCUGACAGUGAAGCUGAAAGCAUGAGACUUUUCACUGAACUCUCAAACAAGGAGAAAGAGGCUUCAAAGCUGGCUGAGCACCUGGACUUUGAAAAGGACAACGUGAGGACCACUGAAGAGCUUUCAAGGAUCCUGGAGUCGACCCGCAGCUGUCUGGAGUCUCAGCUGAACCAAGCGGAGGUGGAGAAGGUCCAGCUGGCCUCUCAGAUCCAGAGGAUGCAACAGAGCCAGGACCAGCAGCGGGAGGAGCUCCAGGUCCUGCAGGGCGAGCUGCAGACUCUGAGGCAGCAGAAGAAGGAGGAGGAGGAGGAGCGGGAAGAAGAGCAGGAGUCACACGCCCUGAUCACGCAGCGCGCCCAACGAGCCGAGGAGUCAUCAAGGCAGCUGGCAGAGAAACUUCAGGAGAAGGAGACCCAGCUGUCCCAGGCUUUGUCCACGUCCAGUGACUGGUGUCUCCGCCACUCAAAGGAAGCAGCUGGUAAACGGCAGCUGGAGGAAGAAAUCUCUCUCCUCAAACUAAAGAUCACCGAGCUGAACUCUCGGCUUCGCUCCACGGAGGAGAAGAGUCGGGCGGAGAGGGAGGAGCUCAGGAACCAGCUUCACCAACUCAGCGCCGAGAGCGCCUCCACGAAGCUGGAAAACCAAACACUCCGGAGGGAGCUGACAUCAUCCGAGGAGAAGUUCAGAGGACUUCAUUCUGAGGCUCGACAGCUGAAAUCAUCCAUUAAAAAGUCUGAAAUCCUGGUGGAGAAAUACAAGAAGAAGGUCCAGCAAGCUCGCCUGGAGUCAGAGGAGUACUGUCUGAAGCUGGAGAUCACACAGAAGGAGGCGCGGGAGCUGAGGGUGAACCUGGAGAAGGAGAAGGAGAAGGAGCAGGUGAGACGGGAGCUGCUGGCCCGGAUCCAGGAGCUCGAGGCGAUGCCGGAGAAACUGAGGAGGACCGAGCAGCAGCUCCGAGAUGCCCAGGAGGAGGCUGAUGUCCAAGAGAGGAGAAACAUGGAGCAUCAUGCUGCCCUGUCUGACGUCAGACACAAGGUCGAGCAGCAAGGUGCUCAGCUGGAAACAUUUCAGCAGAGGAAUCUGCUGCUGCAGGAGGAAAACAACGUCCUGAAGGAGAAAAUGACCAACUUAGAGAGGAAGCUGGAGGAUAUGGAUGCAGAAAACAGAGAGAUGUCCCAGACUCUCAGCCUAAAGGAAGGAAGCAUCUGCAGCCUUCAGCAGCAGCUGGAGGAGAAGACUCACGAGUGCAGCGUCGUGUCCAGACAGCUGCAGCAAACUCUGGACGAUGCUCAGAGGCAGGUGGACGCCAGCAUGCAGAGGGUUCUGGGCAAAGAGAAAGCAUCCCAGUCCAGAGCGUUGGAGCUGCAGAACCAGCUGAGCCGAGCCAAAUCAGAGCUGAGUCAGUUACAGCGAAGCAAGGAGGACAUGGAGCGCCGCUUUCAGACUCAGCUUCAGAACAUGAAGGAGAGACUGGACCAGUCGGAUUCUACAAACCGCAGUUUGCAGAACUACGUUCAGUUUCUGAAAACCUCGUAUGGAAAUGUCUUCGGUGACUCUCUGCUGGCAAGCUGAGCAGCGCUGGUACAUUCCUAAAGCACCACAGAACAGAUGAAUUUACACUUAUUAUGGAAUUGCUCAAACCUUUUCAUAAAGAGAUGGUCUGAUCAUUAUUUGUCAUCCUCUUAGAAAAGUCUCGAUGCUGAUUUCAUGUCUAAAAUGUUUCAUGUGUGUAGAAGUGAAAACUUUUAUCUAAAUUUACAUUUCAGAAAUAAAUCUGCUCAAUAAAUAUUUACAGAUUCUACAAAUUCUUCUGGCAACAAUUAAAAUCGGUUUACAAGUU